UAGUAUGGCGGCGAUCAGCGUGCGCACUACAUAUCCGCAGUCUCUACUAAAUAAUUUCACUAUUGAAAAUUAAUUUAUAAAAAAAAAUAAGAACGUAUAGCAGAGAGUGGAUUUUAAGACCUCGCGUACCGAUUUUUGAAUAAAAAAUAAAAAACCAUCAUAUCAAUCGAAGCCUGCUCGUAUAAUUAAACCCAAACUAAAAAGUUUGAGUUAAAUACUUUCCCCAUAGCGAGAUACCCACCAGCCAAACGGUGCCAGAUCCAGAUCCAUUAAUAUGCCAAAAGAUAACGGGGAAAAUUGCUGGUAAAGGUGAUAAAAAUAAUAAUGACGAGCGUAAUAAUAAAAAUAUUUAUGAAAAUGUGUCUAAGCAACAACUUUGACAUCGACUAAAGAGACGGACAGUGAUUCAGUAUCACCAUCAGUAUUCCCAUCAUCAUCAUCAUUAUCAUCAUCAGCUGCAAUGACGACUGUCGGAAGAACAACAGCACCCAACUCCAGAUCAUUCGGUUCAAUUAUUAAUCAUUUCCAGUACCAGCAUUUUGUUGCUGGGAUUUCUGGAGGUGUCCUUUCUACCCUCAUGUUGCAUCCGCUUGAUCUUGUAAAAAUAAGAUUUGCUGCUAACGAUGGGUUAUCAAGCACAGCACCGAAUUACACUGGACUGAGAAAUGCCAUCUCGGAAAUAGUAAAAAGUGAAGGAUUUCGCGGAUUAUACAGAGGAGUUAGUCCAAAUGUUUUGGGCUCCGGUGCUUCUUGGGGUAUAUAUUUUUUUAUUUAUAACAUUAUAAAGAAAUCGAUCCAAAAUGGAGACUCAGAAAGUCCACUCGGCCCAUCAUUGCACCUGUUAGCAGCAGCAGAGACUGGGGUAUUAACCUUAUUAAUGACAAAUCCCGUCUGGGUAAUUAAAACGCGGCUAUGUCUCCAAUACAACAAUGACGUGCUUCUUGACGAAUCAAAACGCUACUCAGGGAUGGUCGACGCUCUCAAAAAAAUUUACAGGACUGAAGGAAUACGCGGACUCUACAAAGGUUUCGUUCCUGGUAUGUUUGGGGUGUCACAUGGCGCCAUACAAUUUAUGACGUAUGAAGAAAUGAAAAACAAGUACAACACUUAUCUUGAAAGGCCCAUUGAUACUAAAUUAGAAAUCGGGGAGUAUAUGGCAUUCGCAGCAGUUUCAAAAUCAAUAGCCGCUGCAAUAACGUACCCGUAUCAAGUUGUCAGAGCACGUCUGCAAGAUCAGCAUCGCGACUAUCGCGGCACAUGGGACUGUGUCCAACGAACUUGGAGGGGUGAAGGCUGGCGCGGUUUUUACAAGGGUUUGAGUGUCAACUUAACAAGAGUUGUUCCUGCCACUGUCAUCACCUUUGUUGUCUACGAGAAUAUGUCUCAUUUUCUCCAAAGGAAAUAACAAAAAAAAUAAUCCAUGGAUUUAUGAAGACUUAAAUAAAUAAAUGAAUUUAUUACUCAUGUAAAUAAUUUUUUUUUUUUAUUUAAAACAACUAUCAGCUCAUUAAGUCUGACUUGUAUUUAAGAAGCAUUUUAAUUAAUUUUUUUUUUUUAAUUUAUUGAAAGGUAAAUAAAUUUUUGUUUCCACGGAGGUUUUAAUUUGUUUAAUAAAUUGUUUUAUUCAAAGACACUGUGCUGGCACGAUGCCUUUGAUCUAAAAAAAAAUAUCGCCUCAUUUAAAUUAAGUUACUUUGUAUAUUUAAGUAUUAAAUAUGUUGGUAUAUACUUAUGUCAAAAUUAAGUAAUUAACAAGUGUCGUUAAUUUAUGUCUGUAAUUUUAAAAUGUAGCAAUAAAUCGUAAAAAAUUUU